CGUUUAUUGGAUUCCAUAGGAACGAGCAAAGGGUCCUCUUUUAGCAUUUUAAGCAUAUCACCAUUCGGAGAAAAGAGAGAGAGAAAAAGUGCGGGGACGAUUUCAUUGCAAAACGCUAAUAGGCAGGAAUGCAUACCUAUCAACCUUAACACAUCCAAGAGAUAAAGCCCUUUUGGGAGAGGUUCGUGCUCCUUUAUCAACUCUGAAAACGAUCAUCUAAUCUAUACUUCCAUCAUCAACCCGUCAUCAUCACACAACACAAACAGCCGAUCAUGGCCACCAGUUCGUCUUCCAACACGCUAUACGAACACGUUCAAUCAGCUGGUGGUAAUCAUAUCCUGCUAAACGAUCCAUCACAACUAUCAAUCCUUGGCAUUCGAAUCGCAGCACAAUGCACUUUUGAAGAAUUACAAAGAUCACGAAAGAUAAGUUCAACGCCUCGUGCACGAUCCAGCAUCGAUCAUGCCAAUCAAUCAACCUCUUCCCGAUCAAGGACAACAUCACAAGCUAAACGAGAAGAUGAAGCAUCUUCAACAAUCUCCGGCAUCACUGCCUCAAGUUCAUCAAAGACAAAUACUGCUUGUCCACCUUCCUCUUUCAGAGAUCCGAUGGCUGGAAAAGAGCAAGUCAAAUCAAGAAGGCCAAGAUCUGUUGAAAUUGGAGCGAAAGCAAAAGGCGCAAUGAUUGAUCUUGGAAGGAAAGGGUUGUAUGGCUUGCGUAACUUGAGCAGAUCUGAUGUUUCUCAAACACGAGAUCAACAUCAAAUGGUCAUCGCACCAUCUAUGAAUGAUACAGACGAUUUGAUCGCUAUCAGUACUUCAAAUGGAUCCAUUGCGGGCGAACAACGUAGAGCAUCAAGUCAUUCUAUUGUCGAAUCAACCACGUCCAAAUCACAAAGUAUAUGCUCAAAUUCACAACCUUUUCCUUCGAUGGACAAUACUGAACAAGAAACGAUUCGAGCUGCUGCUACAAGUGUACGUAGUAUCCUUCGUGUUCGACGUACAUAUCGCCUUCGUCCUUGCAGUAUGACUUAUGGAAGAGAAUCACCCGCUUCAAGUCAAACCGUACCGAUAAGCAUCAUCAAUCGGGUCGAAGCAAGGAGUGCAUCGAUCGGUGGAGAAGACAGUGGCUGGGAAAGGCUAGAAAGUGCACCAACAGAAUAUAUGGGAGAUGCAGAACAAGAGUUUUCCAACGAAGGCAGAGCAGGUCAUUUUCACACUAUCGAAUCACGAAACACAUCUGAAAAUCAAGACGUAAGCGGCGAUUACGAUUACACGCAGGAUAGUUGGGUGAAUGAUUCAACGAUGGAAUCAGCAGGUGAAAUGAAUAAGUUGCUAUUGAAAGUUGUUAGUCCGAUAGAAACGUUUGCACGUAUUGCAGGAGCAGAACGUAUGGCAUUUGGCUGGAAAGAUGAAGUUAUAUUGAAAAUUCGAUUGCAAAUCAAAUUACACAGCCCCAGCAACAGUAUGACACCACUUUCGCCCUCUUUAUCCAAUCGUGCCAUACCUGCGGGACCACGAAGACCACGGUCUAGUUCACUUACAAGCGAAAGUACUGCAGAAAAACAAGUUAUUUUUCUUUCUUGCAAUUCUGCUCAGAAGUUAUGUGAAGCUAUUGAAUCAUCGCGGAUCCGUCAAAAUGGAUUAAACGGACCGCUUUCUUCGCAAUCAUCGGCAAAGUUGGAAGGUAUUGAUUGGGUGCCCGUUCAGAAAUCCACAACUUCAAAACCAACGGAUUUCGAAUGGAGUUGGAAAGAUACAGCAAAUGGACAAGAAGUCAAAAUACAAGAAUCAGGCGAAAAUGCAGUCAAGUGUGCUUGUGCUUUUGUUGUUUUGGAUAAAAUACAGUCAACCGUUCAACCUCUUGCAUUCUUUCAAUUUCUCAUUGGCAGAUCUGCAUAUUCAAUUGAUAGAAGCACUCAGCAGAAACCGACGUUUGUCUGGAUGGACAUUCCGCAAAAGGACCCGAGCAGCGAAAAAGCACAACAAGAGGAAUUAUUGUUUAAUGGACAAGCGAUCGGAUUGGGUCUUGAAGGAGUAGAUCCAAAACUUACUGCUCGCUCUCCAAGACCAAGUGCAACUCGAUCUCGUACCAAUUCUGAAUCUGUUGAUGAAGGUCAAAUGAAGCUCAAGGCUAGACUUUCGCGUUCCUCGCUACUUGCGACAAAGAAUGCUGCCGUUCAUGCUCCUCAACAGUUGAAUCCAUCCGAGCAGUUGUUCGCAAGUCCAGGUGUACCCUUGAAUACAUCAAAAGCUUUGAUUCAAUUCUCUUCGUCUGAUCUCAAUCAUGUAGAGCUUGGACUGGCCGAUGUAGAAAGUGACUCUCCAAUCUUCCGGGCUGCUAUACAAAAUAUUGAAAGACGAACAACCAACUUGAAACGGGUUGCAAAAGGUAUGCUCAAAGCUGCAAAUGAUGUUUCUCAAGCCACUGAAGAAUUACAAGUGACAGAAGUACGACUCGAUCAUACAUUUGAAGAUAUGGCAGCAUUGAUGCCUGCAACUUUUGGUCGUUUAUCGAGUGAUUGGCUUUUCCGAUCUCGUGAAGCAGAACGUGAGAAACGAGAACAAACGAUUGCUAUGAUGGAGAUGCAUGUGAUUGCACCUAUGCGUGCAGUUGUGGAUAUGUGCAGAGAGUUGGUCGGACAGCUUAAAGCGUUUGACACUGAAAGCAAAACAUAUUACUCAGCAACACAAAAAUGGUUAUCGAGCAAAUCUUCCAAUCAAGUCAAUACUCAGCCAGUCUUAAACGAGUAUUCACCGGAGGCCAUCGGAUUUGAUAAAGCGAUGAUCAAACAAGAAAAGCUUGACGAGAAGCAAAAGUGGCGUCAAUUACGUUUUGAUCUUUCCAGAUUUGAAAUGUAUAGAAGUAUUUGUACACUUCAUGAAGGUGAAGCAGAAAUUCUCGUCGCAAGUCAUAUGCUCUCACUUUGCAGAUGGCAAUGCAAAGAUUUCUCUGCUGAGAAUGUUUUUCGUAACUUUGAUUCUACUGCACAAACGGUUAUGAUCAACGUCAAAGCCAAAGCAGAUGCAGCACUAGAAAGAUGCUUGGAUCUUGAUCGCAGAAUUGCCGAACAUCAACGUGUUAUGCUCAGUCGAGAGGGCGAAGGACAAAUGGGCAUUGAACCUUCACCGAUACCCGAUAUUCCAUCGGAUAAUCAACUUGGAAUCAACUCACGUCAAACAGGUCACAAGUUGAAAAAUCUGUUGACAUCCAUUGGUGUGGGACACUUGACCUCACCCUCACCUCACAAUCAAUCAUCUUCAGUUCGUCAACCGUUUUCAUGUCCUAUACCUCCUGCUAGCAAUUUCGAAACAACCGAAAACGAUUCUCCAUCCAAGCAAUCACGACAACAAAGCACUUUGGAAAGCAAGAGUCCGAUGGGUAGUAUAGCUUCACCAGUGCUUCCUUCAUCAGGCAAUAAAUGGCAAGCACGUUUACGAUCUUUCUCUUUCUCCAAAUCGCCUACUAUGCACGAUUCAGAACGUCGCUUAUUCGUUGAGGGUAAUCACCUUGUUCAAAGUCCAGUGGCGCAUGAAAAGGUUGUCAUACCUGAUGUGAAUAUUGUCACAGCUGAAACAAUGAUGGGGGAUGCAUCCCCACGCAGAAGUAUUUCCAUGUCGGGAAGCAGACAAAGUCCCAAUAAAAGGCCGAUCACGUUGGAUUUGAGCACAGUAGGAUCUAGUCAAGCACUUGUUUCACCCAAAACAAAAAGACCGUCUGCCAAUGGCCAAGCAAAUGUGACAUUCUCUGUUCCGAGUCCAAGAAAUACGGAGCAAUAUGCAAAAUCACCCGCUUUUGAUUCAAAAGCCUUCUUGAGUGCUCCUACCUCACAACCACAGAGAAAGAAGGAAGGUAUCCUUUGGGCAAUGACAAAGCCAAUCCAGGGAAUGGGAGGUUCAGAUGCGCCUAAAUCGGUUUCACGAUCGCAAAAUUGGCGUGAAUGUUGGGUUGUCUUAUCUGGAUCGGGACAUCUGGGAGAAUUUGCACAUUGGAAAGAUGCAAAAGCAAUGACUCUUGAACCUUCUCAACCUUUGAUCGAUUUACGCUUUGCAACCGUACGUGAAGCAAGAGGUGUGGAGAGAAGAUUCACAUUUGAAGUGAUCACACGGGAAAAUAGAAGAUUCUUCCAAGCUUCCAAUGAUGAAGAUAUGCGAGGUUGGAUUGGCGCAAUCAGCUUUGCAAUCGAAUCUUUGAUCAAUGGAACUAGCUCUAUUCGUCAGAUCGAUAAAGUUGCACGUCAUUCUGCUGCUCAGGCUAUCGAUUCGUUUGGCAUGUCAACAGAUAGUACAUCUGCUGCAGAAUUUGGAGAUGGAAUGAGACAUGUGUUUGAUAAUGCAUUAACUCCUUUUGCCGUCAAUGGGAUUGGGGCACACAAGUCAUUCAGUCAAAGCUUGACAGAUUUAAGCUCUGCUGCUAGUGGAAGGUUAUUCAAUCGAUAUGGACACAGCAGCAAUAAUGGCACUUCCACGCACCGUGAUGAGGUUUCCAAAGCGAAACGUGAUAGUAAAAAUAUGCACGCAUUUGGAUCGCGGGGUCAUCUGCUGGCUCUAUCGGAAGGAGAUCACGCAGGCUCUUCCUCCAAUGAAGGCAACGAAUAUACUGACUCCAAAGAAGGUUUACCUUUCACACCUUCCAAAAAUGAUCGUCAUUCACGCGGAAUUUCCAACAAUACUCCCGUUUCUGGCUACAUGGCCGGCGUACUCGGACAUAGCUCCCAUCUAAACGUUGGUUCCACUGAUGAUGGUAGAUCCCUUUCGUCUUCAUCUUUGAACGUCAAUACCGAAUUUGAUAAACGGAUUGAAGCAAUGAUUCAUAGCAGCUACGGUGCAGAAUCUUCAUCUUCAGCAAAUAGCGGAUCUGGCUUCCACAGCCGAGCACAUUCAUCCAAUCGCGAUUCUAACGGUCUGACGAUGUCUUCUUCUGCUGCAUCUCGUAAUCCAUCCUCAAUUGGUCCGGGUUCGGCAGAUGAAGAAGGUCGAUUGAUGAACAAACAAGGUUCUGAUGAAGGAUCGAAUAAGUUUGCAAGAGCACGAGAAAUCCUUGCGAUUGCAUCUUUGCCUCAAAAUAAACAAUGCGCUGAUUGUCGUAAACCUGAUCCAAGAUGGGCAAGUUGGAAUUUGAACGGGAUGCCUUGUUGCAUCUUCAUUUGUAUAGAAUGUUCAGGCAUUCAUCGUGGCUUAGGCGUAAGUGUGAGUAAAGUACGUAGCGUUGAUUUGGAUGAUUGGAACGAACAACAACUCAAAGCAGCUCGAAUUUGGGGCAACGAGCGUGCAAAUGCAAUCUACGAAGCAAAUAAGCCACUCGCUUGUACAGUUGCUUCAAUGGGAGAUGUUCGAUCCAAAGCAUUCUGGACGACAAAAUACGUAGAACAAGCUUGGUUUUCGCUGCAUCCUACAAGUCAUAAUGACUCAAAUCAAACAAUCAUGGCAUCAUCCGAGACAGAAGAAGAAGACAUGAAGCACGGUGAUCUAACAACUUCACAAAGCUGGUCAACUCAAAGAGAAGAACCUUUACCCUGGCAAAGCUAUGAGAAUCGGCAACGAAAAUCAAGUAAAACAGCAGAAAAAUCCAAAACAAUGAUCUUGCCUAGCAGUUCUUCUGAGCGAGUCUUACAACAAUCAUCAGCACAUAAUCGAUUACGAACUUCCCUUCCACCUUCUUCUGACGCCAUCAAUUCUACCAUGCAAUCAAACUCUGCUGUACCUUUGCCAAGGAUUUCAGCUUAAUUGUCUUUAUUAGGUGUGCAUUCUACUUUUUGUAUCAUUAAUUCUCCCAGAUAUGUAUAGCAACGAAGGCGUGUAUUUUAUGCCAUCGAUCUUGUACUUAGCAAUGCAUACCCUU